CUAAACCAACGAAGAAGAAGUAGGUCAGAAGAGUAGCAUGAUGGGAUAUGAGAGUCCUCCGGCGGCGCGCUGCCGCCAUGUCACCUAGAGAGAAACAUUUAGCUAUUAUCCUAGCCCUAGGCGUACUUACUCUCGCUCUUUAUUAUAUUCCCACCUUUCUUUUUGUGACUUUAACUAUCGCAGUUUGUUGUUUUGUGUGUUACUUUCUCACCGGAGAACCGCUUCCCGCCAGGUUAGGCCUCAAGCCGCGGGCUGGCGUGAUUCUCCAAUCCGGAAUCCGGCGCUGGUUUGGCGGCUGGGGGGCGACCGGCGUGUCGGUGCCCGCGCGGGGGAGAACCAAGAGCGGCAGGAACAAAACCGAGGAGGGAAACUUCAGAGAAAGGGUCGCUGAAACUGGGAUUUAUCGGAGGGAAACAUUGGCAAGUGACUCGUUUCUUUUCAGCCCUCGGGACUUCCUAAUGGGGAGCUACAUCGGGAAACCAGAGAGUCCAGCAGCCGACCCACUGAGGCCGAGAGCGGGGAGAAACCCACGAGAGCAGCUGCGGGAGAGGCUGUCCAGACCCAACCAUGCUGUGUAUACCCCCAACAGGAGGCUGUCAUUUGCUGGGGAGCCACCUGGCACAAUGGGCAGAUUCACCAUCACCCCCCAGCGUCACUAUCCCCUGCAGCAGCAGGGUGUCUCAUCAGUGGGAGUCCUACCUCCUGUGAACUGGGAUGGCUUUAGGAAGAAGAACAUCCUCAGCCCACGAAACUCUGCGUCUGUCCUCAGCCCCGUUACUGUGAAGAUCGCCCGGCCAGACCAUCUCGGCUCCCCCAGUAGCUUCGACCAUCUGAGUUGUGCAGGGCUCCCCAAGGCCCCUGUGGACCCCUGCUCCAGAGAAAGUGUUCUCAAGGUGUUGAAGGAAAGCCGCAAGAGAGAAGUGGAGGAUGAGGACAAAAGCUUUGCAACUGAGCAGAAAAGCAAACGAAGGCGUAAUGACAGCGGAGGAAGUGCCCACUCUGCUUUUGAGCCUCUUCUGCCCAACGGAACGCCAUCACAGCUGGUCCCUAAGCCAGGAAACCUGAAAAGAGGGAUAACCUCACUGGCGGAAGACUCCAUCAUGAAGAGGUCUCGCACGUCCUCCAUCAGCUCCGGCACUGGGAUCAAUUCCCCAAGAGGAACCCCAGGCACAAAGAGGAACCCUAUCCAGAGCUCCUACAGUUCUUCACGAGGCCUCGGCCAGUGGAAGAAGCGGUCAGCACCCAGCUCCACUCUGUCCAGCCCCGGAUCAUCUCGCUCGCAGACUCCAGAGGGAGCCUCCAAAAGACCCAGAGAGGACGACGGGCUGUCUCCGAGCUCAGCAUCCUCCGUGAGGUCAGACCACACAGCCUCAGACAAGGCACCUGUUACUUCCAAACUGACUCCAGUCCCCAAGGUCCCAGUCACUACCUCAACAGACUCUACUGGUAGUGGUGGGAAGAGAAAACGGAAGAUCCAGCUGGUGUCCAGCCACCGGGAUGAUCAAAUCUCUCUGCCCCCACCUCCAGAGCUGGGCUACACUAUCACUGUGAAAGACCUAGAUGAAGAGAAGAAGGCUGCCCUCAACAAGAUCCAGAAAGUCCUGGAGACGCCCGCUCCAGAGCCAGAGAAGUCUGCCUCUCCCCCAGCCACCGUUACCACCCAGCCCGCCUUCUCUACCAGCUCAACCACCACCACCACCCUGAGCAGCCUUCUAGCAACGCCUCUGCCCAUGGCCUCCAGCUCUGCCAUCCCAGUCAUCAACCUGGAUCCCAGCCCAGGCAGCAGCGUCACCAAGGCUCCUGCGACCUCUAACCCACUGCUGGAGGCUCUGAAGAUGAAGAUCAGUAUUCCUUCUAGCUCCCCGGCUACUGCCAACACAGCUACAGUGUCUGCAUCGACCACACCAGUACAAUCCAGUGGCUUGACCCUGAAGGUUUCGUCUACAGUGGUUACCCCACAGCUCCCUCCUGCCUCCCAGUCUCAUUCCUCCUCUGCAGGUAUGGAGCAGCCCUCUGCCUUUACUCAGGUGCUGGGUCAGGUCUCCAAGGCUCCCAUCAGCGCUCCACCUGUUACAGGAACAGGCCUGUUUGGAUUGGCAAGUCAGAUCGGCACCCCCGCUGCUUCUUCAUCUACUUACCCGAUCACCGCUACUGCGACUGCUCCAGCCAGCAGCUCAGCGUCAGUCGGUAAUACCAACCCUCUGCUGGCUUCAGGGUUCAAGCCCAUUUUUUCCGUCACCACCACGCCCACGCCCACCUCCGCAGUUACAUCGGCCACUGAGAGCAAACCCCCUGCCCAAAAUUUCAAGCCCAUCUUUGGAGCUGCCACGACAGGUGCUGGCUUUGGACAGCCUCCACCCUACACAACCACAAACCCAGCUUCUACAGUUUCUUUAAGUAGUACAUCCUCAAUGUUUGGUGGCUCUACAACCAGCACCAUGGUUACCCCAUCUGGUUUCCCUGGCUUGACCAAUGUCGCAGCCUCCACGGGCUCCAUCACCACCACACAGCCUGGAGCCCAGCCAGCUGUGAAAUCCCUCUUUGGAAGCUGGUCAGCACCAUCAACAACCAGUACCAGCUCAGCCUCAGCGCAGGCCCCUAACACAGGGAGCACAUUUCAGUUUGGAUCUGCUACCACCACCACGACUGCAGCCGCCCCCGCUGCUGCUGCUACCACAACCUCCAGCAACGGCGCCUUCGCUUUUGGUGCCACGCAGCCUGACCCUCAAGCAGCAAACCAGAAGGCAUUUGCCUUUGGCCAGCAGGCAGCACCCAGCCAGAACACUACCACUGCUUCAUUUGGAGGUUUCGCCAUGGCAAACACAGCCUCCACCACUGCUGCCCCCACCACCCAGUCCAACUUCUCCUUUGGAAAGUCGUCGUUUCAAGCACCGGCAACCCAGGCAACCUUUGGCUCCUCAGCGGCACCAGGAGCGCUGUCUACCUUCGGAGCCUCGGUAGCAUCGCCUGCGCCGUCUACCUUCGGAUCCUCGGUAGCAUCGCCUGCGCCGUCUACCUUCGGAUCCUCGGUAGCAUCGCCUGCGCCGUCUACCUUUGGAUCCUUGGCGCCAUCGGCUGCGCAGACUACCUUUGGAUCCUCUGCGCCAUCGGCUGCGCAGACUACCUUCGGAUCCUUGGCUCCAUCGGCUGCGCAGACUACCUUCGGCUCCAUGGCGCCAUCGGCUGCGCAGUCUACCUUCGGCUCCAUGGCGCCAUCGGCUGCGCAGACUAACUUUGGAUCCAUGGCGCCAGCGGCUGCGCAGACUAACUUCGGAUCUUCGGCGGCACCAGCAGCGCAGUCAACAUUCGGAUCCUCAGCAGCAACCACAAAACCAUUCAGCUUUGGCGGUGGCGGAGCAGCCUCAUCCACAGCUGCUUCUAACACCGCCCCUCCUCCCUUCCCCUUUGGGUCAACUGCCGUCACCACAGCAACCAGCUUUGGGACCCCAGCUAAACCAGCAUUCGGAGCCAGCUCCACUGGUUUUGGUUUUGGAAGCACCACUGCUCCCUCAGCUGCACCCUCGGCCGCACCGAGCUUUGGUGCAGCAACCCAGACUCAGAGCGCCUCCUCAGCAACCUUCACAUUUGGCAGUGCUGCUCCUCAGCAGGCUCCCUCCGGUCCUGCUCAGCAUCCAUCCAGUGGAUUUAACUUCGGUUCUGGUAUGCCAUGCCCCCAGUUUGGAACCCCAGUCUCCAAUAAUCCUGCACCGCAGAUGGGAAGCUUCAACUUUGGGGCUGCUGCUACUGACAAACCUGCUUUUGGGACGUCUACCCCAUCCUUUGGCCAGAGUGCUGCUGCUGCUGCAGGUCCAAUUUCCUUUGGAAGCCCUGGAACUCCAGUCCAAGGUUUCAAUGCUGUUCCUUUUGGGUCUCCAGCGACUCCCUCCUUCUCUAUCGGAGCCGGAUCAAAGCCAUCUGGAGCUCGCCAGAGGCUGCAGGCGCGGAGGCAACACAACAGGAAGAAGUAACCUGCUACAUGCGUCCGGCACCGCUUUCAGAGGACUUCGGCCGUUGUUGCGGUCGCUGCUAUGGUUAAUCUGCUAACAUUGCUCUGUUCUAAAGCCCAACAACCCCGAAAACCAGGCCGACACCAUGCCCUCUGCUUCCUUCCCCUCCUCAUGUGGGGUGUGCUGGCCCGAAAAACAUUGUGUUUGCAGAGGAGUUAGAAAGAGCACACCGGCUUUUUUGAGUUAAUGCUGCCUGGAUGACUACAUGACCCAGAGAGGGAAUGUAGCAGCGAGGAGACAGAAUCCAUUACAAUGUACGAUACUUGAAAAGAGAGAAGACGAUUGAAUAGUUUGAUUCUGAACAAAAGCAUAUCCAAAGUUCCUUUUUUUUUUUCCUUUAUAGUAUGUGGACAUUCAUUGGUUCGUCUUAAGGAGAAAGUUAAGUCAGGCAAAGACACGGAGCUCAUGGCUCAAACAUUUAUUUUUUUACGUGAAGCGCUCACUGGUUUGUAUAUUACAGAGUAUUUGAGUGCGUUAUCUGAAUGAGUCUGAAUUGGGUGAAGAGCACAGUUGAUUCAGAUAAGGUACACAACACUGCAGUGUAAAUGUAAAGUUACGAGACGUUUGCAUUUUAAAUUAUUUUUUUAAUUGGCUCUCUGACCCUGUAAAUGAAUGAUGUGUUUGUGCACUUAAAGGGCGAUUUAGUAAAAUGUCUUAAUGUAGUUAGCGCAGACCCUUGUGUUCUUUUUUUUCAUACUCUUUGUCAUUUUAAGCAUUCCCAGAGUCCUCGUGGACGGCCUUCUUUUUUCUGAUAGUGAUUGCCAACACUGAUGUAAUUAGCAGGUCAGUAUGUGAUUAGGAUGACUACUCUUGACUUGUGCUGACUAAACCAAAGCCAAUUCUUCAACUUCAUGCCUGUGAAAAAGAAUCUGUGAUCUUUAUCUCUUCUUUUAAUCCUGAGAUGUUUGUUUGUGCCAGACUACCUCUCUUCACUCCAGGCACUGAAUCUGUGUUACUUCACUGAAAAAAACAAAAUCUGACAGGAUCGACUAGAUCGAAUUAGAUUUUUACCUUUAACUACUGUUAAUACAGAUGUACCUUUAAUAAAUACAGUGAGUUUCUAAACAUCUGCAAAGGAACAGAUUAUCCCCACUUCUGAAAUACUGCUAUUAAAAUAGAUUACAGCAAAUUAACAUCAUUUACUAAAAACACAGUCUGUUAGUUAUGGAAAUUCUCACUAUGUUACAGGGAUUUUUGUGGUCUCUUAAUGUCUCUUACUUGUACCUGGAGUUGAAGAAUAUUGUCAAACAAACAUGUCAGUAAACCCAUUGAUGUCAGCCGUCAAAAGUUAUUUUAUGAAAAUGAUUUCUGUUCGUAAAAAUCACCUCUUGUGAAAAGUGAGCAGUAUCUGAUGCAGUUUUUUGAUGGUAAAAUUUUGACUUAAUAAAAAACGAAUUUUGGAUGCGGAUGUUCCAACAAGAACACAUUAAAUCUUCAAGGUCCCAUUUUUCUACUUCUCUCGCAUGACGACAUUAUGUGACUUAUUUAUUCAGUUGAGUGUCCCAACUUUAACUCCGUGUCUUGACCAUACUCCAUGCUAACAUAAGCAGAAUACAGUUUUUUUGUAGUUGGUAUAGAAGAGAUCUUCAUAGUUUUACUUUUUAGUACUGUUAAAUAAAAAACCGUAAAAGCGCAAUAUGUCUGUUGUACAAAUA